AUGCCUCUCUUCGGCCACAAGAACAACGUUCCUGUAGAGCCCACCCCUGUUGCCCAUACUCACACUGCUCCUCGACACUCAUCAUCUUCAUCUGACGGGAGUCCUCACAGAGGUUUCUUCAGCCGUCGCCGCUCUUCAUCUCCCGACCUCCACGACUCGCACCAUACAACCAACAAACUUUCUCACAAUUCAACUCGAAGAUCUGGCGGACUGUUCAACCGACACCCGGAAGACCCUUCCAUUGUGGGAGCUCGCGAACGAGUCUUAUCCGCUGAAAAUGCUGAGCGAGAAGCCGACCGUGCUCUCGUCCAAGCCAGAGCGGCGGUGAGGGAGGCUAAGGAACAUGUCAAACGACUUGAGAGAGAAGCUACUGAAGAGCAGGCCUUCCCAAGAACUAUACUCAUAUGA